GAGCGCGUGUCAGUAACGAUUUACUGGGCGAUCGUCCGCAUUCGCUAUCCAACCGUCACUCGCGACGGAACCUACUUGCCUACAACAGUUCGCCCUCCGACGCCAACCGGCGCUUACGGUGUGCAGAGCGUGUGCAACACUAUCCGAUCAACGACCAGACAGCCCCUGCGGAUGGAAAUCUUAGAAUAUCACUUCGUAAUUGUCAUCUGCCUUUAAGUGUUCCCGUGUGUGUGUGUGUGUUCUUUGGUCGUGACCGCGUGAAUCCGGUGGCGCAGCAGCAGCAGCAGCAGCACUCAGCGUGACCGGCCAGCAGUAAGCGUGGCACACAGCCGCGGUACGGACGGAGCCUUAGUCUGUCACCGGAAGCUCGCGAGACGGUAGUGAACGGACGAACCGCUCGCCCUCACCGUGCGGUCGUAGAGUCAAAGAUCUCAAGGAAGCUGUCCAGUAAAGGAGCAGCAUUGAAAUGGCAGACCAUAACGACAAUUUCACAUCGGCAACCUCGGGUUCCACCGUGGUCGAGGAAAAGAUAGUGCAGAAGACCACCACAAAGACUGACGACGCGAAGCACAGAGAGGAGUCGGCGUCGACCGCCGAAGGCUCGGGCACCACCUCAUCCAGGGAUACGAAGCGGGAAGCAAGCUGGCCUUCGGUGCUGUUCUACAUUCAUCUCAACAUCCUUGGCGUGUACGGAAUUUUUGUUUUAUUUACUCACACAUCGCUGAUUACGGUGGUCUUCACCUUCUUGCUCACAUUAUGCGGCAUCUUGGGCGUUACGGCAGGGGCUCACCGCCUAUGGGCUCAUAGAACGUACGAAGCGUCCCCGUUUCUCCGUUUCAUGCUGAUGACGUUUCAAACGCUUGCCGGUCAGGGCUCUAUCUAUGAUUGGGUACGCAUGCAUCGGCUUCACCAUGAAAAAUUCCGCACCGUCGAUGACCCGUACUACAGCGAUAAGGAUUUCUUGCAUGCCCAAGUAUUUGCCAAUAUUCGCCAGCUGAGCGAGCGUCAGGAGAAGCUACUGCAAACCGUCGACAUGAGCGAUCUGGAAGCAGAUUCAAUCGUUAUGUUCCAAAAGCGCUUCUACUGGUUCCUGUAUCCGAUCCUGUUCGUCCUGCUACCAAUCAAUGCCCCGCUCGAGUACUGGGGUGACACCGUUCAGGCGGCAAUCUUUGUUGCGUUUUCCUUGCGCUACCUUAUCGUGCUAAAUGUUUCGUGGCUCAUCAAUUCGGCCCACUUCGUCUGGGGGCUGGACAAAAACCACAAGCAAUCGGAUUCGAACAUGGUCUUCCUGGUUAACAAAAGCUACUGGCCCCAGUACCACUACCUUCUACCGUUUGAUUAUCAAAGUGGUGAAUUUGGUAGCUACGGAUCGGGAUGUACGACGGCAUUCAUUCGCGUCUUUGCUGCCGUUGGCAUGGCCACCAAACUCCAAACGAUGACCACCGAAGCGGUAAAACGCGGCCUGACGAUGGCGGUUGAUUCUGGCAAGCCGAUCGCCGAUUGUUUGAAGCAAGCGGGCAUCGAAGAUAUGUCUAACCUGAAACGGGAACACUAUCUGCAAAACGAUCGACUUCAUUAAAGCGAACCAGCUUGCCGCGAGGUUCAUGGGUGCCACCAGCUUAGCCGAAUAUCACCAGGGGUUCGGGCGCAUUUGUUUCUUCAUCAGACCAGCUGGCCAGAAGAUUAUCGGUCUAACGCGGUAAUGAAAAUGUAAAAAAAUGAGGUUCUGUUUAACUUGUUUUCAUUCUUACGCAUCGUUGAUAAUGCAAAGACCUCAGAGGACAGUUCGGUUUGUUGGUGAGAUGAAUUAGGUCAUUACGCAGGACGAACGGUUUCUUAAUUGUUGAAUGAAAUAAAGCUAAAUUGUGUUUCAUUGAGUUAUGAUGAGCGAGUAAACAAGAGACUUUGUUAGCAACAUCGGUCAUAAUAAUAAUUUAUUAAGCAGAUAAGAUUAAAAAGAAGCGAUUAAGCAAAAGCAUUUCAGCAAACGACAUCAUGGCUAAUGGUAAUAGCUACCACUUUUCUAGUUACAAAAUUCAAUAAAAACCCUUGCUCUUCUGUUUCGAUACAAUCGGAAACGAUG